CGGGUAUAUAAGGGUCUCCUUCUUCCCAGUUGGAACGGUGUUCUUCCCCUCCAUCGCACCAUCAAAGACAUAAGCAGAAGAUUUUUAGCCUAUCACGAACAGACCAGCCCAGAACACCAUGUCCGGCACUGAGAACACCAACCCCGGCAACUUUGCCAACCGCCCCAAGGAGGAGGUCCGGGAGAUUGCGUCCAAGGGCGGCCAGGCCAGCCAUAGCGGCGGCUUCGCCAGCAUGGAUCCGGACAAGCAGCGCGAGAUCGCUUCGAUGGGCGGCCAGGCUUCCUCCGGCAGCUUCGAGCCCGGCAGCGAGCGGGCGCGCGAGGCAGGCCGUAAGGGCGGCUCCCGCACUGGCACCGGCGGCGGCAGUGACGACGCCGAGUAGAACGGGCGUGACAUCAUAAUCUGGGACUGGGGGUGUCUCGGCGCAGGCUGUGUAUGAUUAGGCACCGGACUGGGUCGGUCGGGAAGAGUUCUUCGUCUUCCUUUAGCGCGCAGUGUCCGAGAGCACAAUGGAUGGUUGGGCUGUUAUCCUGCCCGGUUUUUACUGUGCGUGGUCAGCACGGCGA